CCCCCAUCCUCUUCCCCCACGUUGUUGCCCCAUCUUCACUUUCCAGUCCCCUUCCAUCCCUAGCUCGCUCGAAGAUGCGGACCGCGGAGCAGCUCGCCGAGCCCCCCCCGCCGAGCCCGACACAACCGCCGCGCACUCGCCCCGCUUGCCGUGGUCGUCUCGUCCUCUCGUCUCCAGCAGUCUCCGCCUACCAAUCCCCCACAGAACGUGUGCUAUCAGAGUCUGAAUCUGCUACGGGAAGGAAGGGUGCGCAAAAGGCAACGAUGAAACGUCUCCGCAUCGCGACGGCCGGCGGCUCCGGCUGGUCCACCCUCCCAGGCGAUCUCCUCGAGCAGAUCUCCAGCCGCCUGUCCACCGACGCCGACCGCCUCCACGUCCGCCAAGUCUGCGCCCACUGGCGAGCCUGCACCUCGCCCCUGGCCGCGCUCCGCCCCUGGAUCGUGGCCCGCGCGGGCCCGUUGCCCACGUCCGGUCACCCGGCUUACUCCGCCUGGCUCCCCCGCCGCCUCCGCCAGCAGCGGAUGGUGGGGGUGCGCGCCGCGCCGGCCGGGCUCCCCCACUGCCGCGGUGCGUCUCGUGGCUGGCUCGCGCUGGUCGACGACAUCCGGUCGCCCACGCGGCUCGUUCUGUGGGAUCCCGUCUCCGGCUCCGAGGUCCCGCUCCCGUGCCUGAGCCGAGUCACCCAAGUAUUCCUCUCCGGCGACCCGCUCGGCUCGCCGGAUUGGAUAGCGGUCGCGAGUCAACGCGUCAGCACAUUGGGCACCAAGUUGUUCUUCUGGCGGCCUGGGGACGCCGCCUGGAGCUCCCUGUUCGAGCAACCCACCGCCGGGGUCCCCAGCGUCGUGUUCCACGGCGGGAGAAUGUUCUACAUGGACUUGAGGCAACUCAUCGCCGCUUACGACCUCAACCUCGGCGCCCCGAACCGCCGUCCCGCGAGUGCCGGGAUGAGUUACUUCGGUCCCAAGGUGGACAAGCUCUGCAGGUGCGAGCGCUUGGUCCACCUCGUUCGUGAGGUGCUCAUGGUGAGCUGCGACGGUGAGCUGCUGCUCGUGGUUCUGCGCGGUGCGACCGGCUCCCGGGGGGGUCGCCAACCUCCUUCCUCUCCUUCGCAGGUCUCGUCGGCGUGCUCGUCCUUUGCUGAGGUCUACAAGCUGGAUUGGACUCCGAAGGGGACGCCGAAGAUCGGUGAGCGGGUGACGGACCUCGGCGAGUACUCGCUCUUCUUGGGACUCAGCGAAAGCUUUGCCCUUUCUGCCAAGGAGUUCCCCGCUGUCAGGAGAAACCACAUCUACUGUGUUGCGCACCAUUGGAUUUACUAUAUUUACUAUCAGAAUCCUUAUCAUAAGCUGUCAGAUUGGGCGUUCGUGUUCGAUCUGGGAUCAGACACUUUGAAAGGAAUUCCGUACCCUGAAGAGCUCAGGGACGACGGGGCCAAGUGGUGGCCGUAUUACUGGUUAUGCCUCAGAAGCCCGCUAACGAAGAAGCAGCAGAACUGAGCACUGCAGCUUCUAUUUGGAAAUACAAUGCUAUACUGUUAGGUAAAUUUAUUAAGGUAAGGAAUUUCCUUUUGAAAUUCCGAGUCACUGUUUAGAACAGAGUUCCUUAUGACCCAUUCCCAUUGUCUAGUGCCCUCUCAUAAUGUAUGUAUGAAUAUUUGCUUUGCUCCUGGAAUAACCCUCUUCUAGUGUAUUGUUUCUAAUUUCAUAACUCUUUUGCUUGUUUUCAUAUCUGAACCAUGUCUAUAUACAAUCUGCAGAAAAACACUACUAGUACUAGUUGGCGUGCUAAAAAAACUUCUAAUUUAUUUUGUAAACAAGACAUCUAUCCCCUUGUUUGUGUUUAUUUUACUUCCAGAUCCUUAUCUAGGGAUAGGUCUGCUUUUCAAUUUGAACAUUUGACCACCUUUCUCCUUAAUUCCUUGCUCGAGAUCCAAAUCUGGUCUCUGACAAAAGUGUGUCUGCAUUAUCAUGGAGUUACCAGAAGGCAGGACACUUGGGUUUGUGUUGUUUCAUAUGUGAUUAACCUUUUGCACUGACGAUAUAAUACCUGUAAUGAAAGAAGUUAUUAUAAAAGUUUAAGGUGCUGAGAAAUGAUAUUCAGCAUAUCCAAAGACAGUUUAAAGAUGGAGUAAAACAAGUAUGUAUCGUAAUGAUACACCAAUGAGAAAACUGAGCACUGCAUCUUCUAUUUGGAAAUACAAUGCUAUACUGUUAGGUACCGUUUGGAUGUAGAUAUUCAACUUUGGAAUUAGGAAUUGGUAUUACACCUUAUGCAAAUCUGUAUCACUAUGACUUACCAGAGGCACUGGAGGUCCAAUAUGGAGGGCUUUUAAACAGAAAAGUGGUGCAAGUGUUUUCAACUUUUUAUUCAUUAAAUGAAUAAGAAGGGAAAAAAUGUUGCUAUACUUCACAAGGAAAGCAUUUGCGGACUAUGCUGAUUUCUGCUUCAAGACAUUUUGUGACAGAGUCAAGAACUGGAUGACAUUUAACGAGCCAAGGGUCGUCGCAGCCCUAGGAUAUGAUAUGAUGAUGGUAGAUUUGCACCUGGAAUGUGCGCAAAGUGCAAGGAGGGAAACUCCGCUACCGAGCCUUACAUUGUUGCUCAUCACCUGAUUCUUUCACAUGCUGCUGCUGUACAGAGAUACCGGCACAAGUACCAGAUAAAGAGUUCUAAGCAGUCUGACCUAGUACCUAACUAAGUUAUACAGGUUAAACAAAAUAAUACGUAUGUCAAUAUAAAGGAAUUGUAAAAGUCAACAGCACAAGGUUUCUAAACUGUUCAUGGUGAUCUGUACUCUUUUUUAUGGUUGAUUUGAUGAUUACUGAGUGGUAAAUAUUAUAGAGACAUAAAAGAGUAGUAUUCAGAACUGUUUCUAGAUUUUCUGUUCACACAAAGUUGCCUUUCAGCCUACACAAAAGGGAGGGAUUGGAAUUCUCCUGGAUUUUGUCUUGUAUGAGUCUCUUACAAAUUCGACAGCUGACCAAGCUGCGGCUCAAAGAUCAAGAGAUUUCCAUGUAGGAUGGUAUCAAGAGGUUGUGUGUAUACUGUGCAGACAGAUAUCACAAGCAACACUAUUGGAUAUCUGUGUUCCAUUUGAAAUCAUAUUUUGAUAAGAAAUUCCCUGCCCUGAAUAGAUUAUGGAACAUAGGAAUCAACUGAGCGUUUCACUCCUGGUUCGUCUCAGAAGAUGCUACCUGAAGCAGCAGUGCACAGCAAGCAAGUCGCAUGUCAUAAGCAGUUAGAUGCAUUCUUCUAGGGCUUGAUUAAAAAUACAGGAGUCUCCUUCGAAAUUUGUGCAGUGACUGUUUUGAUUACAGGAGUGUCCAUGUGAAAUUUCUUUUAGUACCUUGCUUUGCAAUGGAGAAGGUAAGACCAUAUAAGAAACUUUUUCCAGAAUUAGGAUUUAAUUAAAUCCGAAUAGCAUUACUUGAUGUCUGGUUAAAUUUCUUCUUGCUAGCAGUUCAUUUCCCUUUUUUCAUAAUAUGUUCUGAUUUUGUCUUGCAAACCUGUCUGUAAACUAUUUACCCUAUUUAUUUAUUUAUUUAUAAAUAUAUAUCUAGUAGAGUCCUGCCUUGCUAUUCUCCUAAAAAAUGAAGAAAUACAUAAUGCCAACCCUCCCAUGUCCUCUUCGUGAUGCUAUUAUCCAACCUUGAUUCAUAUGAAUGGCCAUUAUUUAUUUAAAGUGGAAUGCUCUAAAUGAAUAUUCUGAAUGUCAACAGAUGUGCUUUUCUGCAAUUUUUAACUUUCCUUCUCGUAUCUUUGUUUGCUUGUCUAUAUGCAUGACUGCUGGUACUUGACAUACCCUGUUAUGUAGAAGAGAUAGUGCAGGUGGCAUGCCUCAUGGCAUUAGCAGUUUGGAUCUGGUCAGCCCCUUUGUGUUGCUUGCUUGCCAAAUAUGAGAGAGAAUGGAUCACCUAUUGAACAUACUAUAGUCAUUGACACACACAUAGUGAUUCCUCAUCAUGCUCAUAGAUCUGUGCUUGAAGCUGAUCAGGUUUUCCGUGUUUGUCUUUAUUUGCUUCACAAUCUUCCAUUAGGCUUGUUUUUCUGAUAAUCAGAAAAUAAAAUUCCUUGUCCUAUUAGAAGAACCAUUGUUCUGAUCAAUUAAUAUGGAUAAAAUUUCGACAGAUGGUCUUCUGACUGGAUAUGAGAAUUCUGGCGAGAAACUCAGAAUCCUAAAUCAUAUUUAUUUAGUUGAAACUGCAUUAUGAAGCUCACCAUCAGCUCUAAAACAGGGUUCUAGGAUUUCAGCCAUAUGCCCUUCUGGUAUUUUGGUUUAAAAUCUUCUGACCCAGGCAACCAGCCUGAUAGUGUUACCAAUAUCAAGCUACGUUUUGGAUCAGUGAUGAUCAACUAUAGUUGCUGCAUUAGAGAAUUCCAUGGAGGAGGAAAACACCAAAUUUUAAAUGCUAGAAAUUCUAUAUAGGAAGAAAGCACUGAGGGAAUUCUUGAAGAAGGCAAAACAGAUCAAGGGAGAUCUCUCCAACGAGGAUGACCUUACUUGGUGGAGGGUACCAGGCAUAUACCAUUGAAGGAAUAUAAUGUCGUCUCAUUUCUGAGGAUGCAGCGUUGCUUUGUUCUCGGUGGUGAUGCUUCAGCUGGAAGGUCUGAGACAUAAGCUUCACGAUCUCAAAGUCUACCAGUGGUAGCAGUAGUUCUACUCCAGAAGAGUUGUGCAGCAAGGGAAUGUUUCUUUCGCCUAACUUGCACGAGGAAUCAUUUUGCAGUUUUGGCCUUGUAUUUUCUGUUGUUCUAGCGUUAAGGCAGUGUUUCAUAAGAGGAUGAUGCCCGUGAUUCAUGCCAACGUGAUGACUUGUGAGUUUUGGAUGUUGAUCUUAGGCAAAUUUGUGCAUAACUCCAGUAGUGGAAAUUUUUGUGGAUGGGGAGUCAUGCUUUGUGGGCUGUGAAGACCUGAAGCACGUGGUGUUGGUCUGAUUGGGCUGAUGAAUCUUUGUUAUGCCAACUUAAUUGCUACAGUACCAGUCUGCUCUGUUUCCUCUGUAUAGUGCUA